GCAUGGCCGUGGGCGAAUCCCUUUUGGGGGACUCGGUUUCCUUCUCUGUGAAAUGGGCUGUCCCGACACCAGCCCAGACUGCCUCACCUCGUAGCCAUGAGAGCUGCCUACCUCUUCCUGCUGUUCCUGCCUGCAGGCCUGCUGGCUCAGGGCCAAUAUGACCUAGACCCACUGCCCCCGUUCCCAGACCACGUCCAGUACACCCACUACAGUGACCAGAUAGACAACCCGGACUACUAUGAUUAUCAAGAGGUGACUCCUCGGCCCCCCGCGGAGCAGUUCCAGUUCCAGUCCCAGCAGCAACUCCAACAGGAAGUCAUCGCGGCCCCCACCAUAGCUCCAGGAAAUGUGGAGACAGAGCCCACGGAGCCUGGGCCUCUGGACUGCCGUGAGGAGCAGUACCCAUGCACCCGCCUCUACUCCAUCCACAAGCCUUGCAAACAGUGUCUCAAUGAGGUCUGCUUCUACAGCCUCCGCCGCGUGUACGUGGUCAACAAGGAGAUCUGUGUCCGCACGGUCUGUGCCCACGAGGAGCUCCUUCGAGCUGACCUGUGUCGGGACAAGUUCUCCAAAUGUGGUGUCAUGGCCAGCAGUGGGCUGUGUCAAUCCGUGGCGGCCUCCUGUGCCAGGAGCUGCGGGGGCUGCUAGGGCGGAGCUGGUACCCCCCCAUCCCCCACCCCUGCCCUGGACCUUCCUCGGAUCCGGGGCCCUCAGGCCCUGCCUGACCUGGUGCUUUUCUCCCCAGCCUGACAACCCUUUUAUUCUGUAAAAAGUUAGUGGACUGUGGCCCUGGGGGUUCGUCUCAGGCCCCUCUCCCAGCCUGCAGACACCCCUGCAGCACAAGGGGGGCUCCCCACUCUUCGCCCCCUGAUGAGGGGCAUCCCAGGCCUCUGGGUGGGACCUGGGCCUCUGAUGUGCCUUCUCAGUCCCUCUGAGGACAGUCCCCUGGCCCCUCAAGGUAGGCUAUGCCCCUCACCCCAGCUGGUCUGCUUGGAUUUCCUACAGCUCCCGGGCAUAGACCACCUUUGUUUUAUAUAAAAUUAAA